AGAUCGAUCCAAUUCCUUGGAUCGAUGCAAUGAUCGAUCCAGAUGCCCUGGAUUGAUUUUUUUUUUUUUGCUGAUUUGUUUCUAAUUAAUUAAUUAUUUAUUCUGAUUUUUUUCUUUUGUUUUUCUAGGAUUUUGAUUGUCUAGUUAGAAUUUGCAAUGUCUACGAAUUUAUCAAAAAAAGAUAAAAAAGAUAUUGGUUGGAAGUAUUGUUAUCAAAAUGAAGGGGAAAUAGCUGUUCGGUACAAAUUUUGUCAUCAUAUAUCGAAUGGAGGGAUUACUCGCUUGAAGAAACAUUUAGCUCAAACUCAUAAAGGGGUUGCACCUUGUGUUAGUGUUCCGGAUGAUAUUAAGAAAGAAAUUAGAGAAUCACUUGACAAAAUUAGAGCAUCUAAAAGUAAACAAACUGAAUUGUUACGAGAGAUCGGUGAAGGUCCCCAAAGUAUGAGUACGCAAUCAUCAAAAGUUGGAAGUGUAGGGGGAAAUUCAAUUGGAUGUUCUGGUAGUGGUGAAUCAAAAGGUAAAGGUACUCUUCAUGGGUUUGUUAGUUCCGAACCUCGACAAACAACCCUAAAUUCGACAUACAAAAAAGAUUUGUUGGUUGAUGUGAAGCGUAGAAUUGGUCGUUUUAUUUACUCUGCCGCACUUCCGUUUAAUGUUGUGAAUGAUCCUUAUUGGUUGCCUAUGGUUGAGGGCAUUGCGGAAUAUGGAAGAGGGUUCAAACCUCCUUCAAUGCAUGAGUUAAGAACUUGGAUACUUAAAGCUGAGGUUGAUGGCAUCAACCUAAUAUAUGAGGAGCAUAAAAAGGCAUGGAAAAAAUAUGGAUGCACUAUUAUGUCCGAUGGUUGGACGGAUGGAAAGAAUAGAAGUUUGAUCAAUUUUUUAGUAAAUAGUCCCGCCGGCACUUUCUUUUUGAAAUCUAUUAAUACAUCAGAUUCUAUUAAAAAUGGGGAAUUGAUCUUUAAAUAUCUUAACGAUAUUGUUGAUGAGGUGGGAGAGGAAAAUGUAAUUCAAAUUGUCACGGAUAAUGCUUCGAAUUGCAUUAAGGCGGGGAAAAAAAUUAUGGAGACUAGACAUAAAAUUUGGUGGACACCUUGUGCGGCGCAUUGCAUUGAUCUAAUGUUGGAGGAAAUUGCAAAGUUGAAGAUUUUUUCUGACACAAUUGAGCAUGCUAAGAUGGUUGUGAAGUUCCUUUAUGGUCAUGGGACUAUACUUUCUUUGAUGAGAAAGUAUACAAACGGUAAAGAAAUUCUCCGUCCCGCUGUUACUCGCUUUGCUACUUCAUUUCUCACUCUUCAGAGUAUGUAUAAGGUUAAAAGGCCACUUGAACAAAUGUUUGCUUCCGAAGAUUGGGUUAGUUCACCACUAUCUCAAACAACUCAGGGGAAGGUCGUGAAGAGAAUUGUUAUUAAUGAUCCCAACUUUUGGCCACAUGUUGCAUUUUGUGUUAAGAGUGUUGUUCCUCUUGUAAGUGUGUUAAGGGAAGUUGAUUCGGAGGAGAGAUCGGCCAUGGGAUAUAUUUAUGAACUUAUGGAUAAGGCAAAAGAGACAAUAAAAUUUAAUUGUGGGGGAGUUGACAGAAAAUACAAACCCAUUUGGAAAAAAAUUGAUUCACGAUGGACUCCACAACUUCAUCAUCCUCUACACGCGGCCGGGUACUAUUUGAAUCCACAAUUGUGUUAUGAAGAAAGAUUUUCUUAUUGUGAUGAAGUUAGAGAUGGAUUGUAUACUUGCAUGGAUAGGAUGUUGUCUUCUGAUGAUCGUCUUAAAGCAGACAUCCAAUUGGACUUAUAUAAUAAAGCUGAAGGAGAAUUUGGAACUCCAAUAGCAAAACGAACAAGAAUAUUGCGAACUCCGGGUAAAAUUUUCUUCUUGUAACCGUUCUUGUAAAAUUAUACUAGCAUUCAUAUUUUAAAAUUAUAUACAUUCUUGUAAUUUUUUUUAAUGUUAUUACUUAUUAGUCUCGUGGUGGGAACGUUUUGGAAGUAAGACACCCGAGCUUACUACAUUUGCAAUUUGAGUGCUUGGUCUCACUUGUAGUGCUUCGGGAUGUGAAAGAAAUUGGAGCACUUUUGAAUCGAUUCAUACAAAAAAGAGAAAUAGGCUUGAACAUGCAAAGUUGAAUGCGUUGGUGUUUGUGAAAUAUAACUUCAAGCUUAGGGAGAGAAGUAUUAGGAGGAGAGACAAGAUUGAUCCCAUUGUAGUUGAUGAAAUUAAUUCAAAUGAUGAAUGGAUAACUG